GAAGAGAAAAAAAAAAGCAGAGAGAUAGUAAGUGGCUAUGGCAUCUAAAGGUCCAUUCUUGGCAGUUGGCCUCUUGAUCUUCUUGGCCACAUUUUUGGCCACAGCUGAGUUUUCUGUGGCUGCAAAAGUGCCAAGCCGUACUAUUUCUACUCCAUUUAAUCGUACCAUUUUCCCUUCUUCUUUUCUUUUUGGAGCUUCCACUUCUUCCUAUCAGUAUGAAGGUGCAUGGAAUGAAGAUGGCAAAGGGCCAAGUAUUAUUGAUACUUUCGUCCAUACUCAUCCUGAAAAAAUAUUGGACCGUAGCAACGGCGACAUAGCUUUGGACUUUUAUCAUCGUUACAAGGAGGACGUCAAACUAGCAAAAUUCGAAGGACUGGAUGCUUUCAGGUUUUCUAUCGCAUGGACAAGAAUAUUACCAAAGGGGAAGCUAAGCAAAGGAGUAAAUCAAGCUGGUAUUGACCACUACAACAGUCUCAUCAAUGAGAUAGUAGCCCUUGGUAUUAAACCUUUAGCGACACUUUUUCAUUGGGAUGUUCCUCAAGCCCUUGAGGAUGAAUACCUUGGCUUUCUAAGCCCUAAGAUCGUGGGUGACUACACAGAUUUUGUGGAGAUAUGUUUCAAACAUUUUGGAGACAGGGUGAAGCUGUGGUCAACCAUGAAUGAGCCAUGGAUUUUUACAUCAACAGGUUAUGAUUCUGGUUCAUUGGCACCUGGCCGUUGUUCUGCCUGGAUGAACAGCAACUGUUCAGCCGGAAACUCAGGCACUGAGCCUUACAUAGCAGGACACAACAUUCUUCUUGCUCAUGCUGCUGCUGCCAAGCUAUACAGGCAAAAAUACAAGCCAAUUCAAAAAGGUGAAAUAGGAAUUAUAUUGGUUUCACAUUGGUUCGAGCCAUUCUCCAACAAACCAGAGGAUAAGAGAGCAUCUAAAAGAUCUCUUGAUUUUAUGCUUGGAUGGUAUUUGCACCCAUUGACUUAUGGAGAUUAUCCAAGAACUAUGAAGAGGCUAGUAGGAAAGAGACUACCAAAAUUCACCCCAAAAGAAUCAAAAUUGGUGAAAGACUCUUUUGAUUUCUUAGGAUUGAAUUAUUACACCUCAAAUUUUGCAGCUCAUCUUUCUAGCCCACCAAAUACUGUGAAUAUCAGCUCUGGAACUGAUAAUCAAGUCAAUCAAACGA